GAUGCCUCAAAUGGACUGUCAGAGAGCCUUGGGACUAACUAGUGGAUUUGACAUUUGAAUUUUCUCCAUCAUAAACUCUUUGGAGCCCGGGACCCACUGUACUUGGCGCAUCAUGGAUUCAGACACAAGCAGAGUCUCCAGCAGACCCUCGUCUCCCGAAGUGGACGACAUCUUCAUGUCCACCCUGAAGAAGUCGGUCCACGGCUUCUCCGGCACCGUGUCCUCCACCCAGAGCGACUCCUCCUCGGACCUCACCGGCCUGCGCGGACUCUCCGGAGUGGACGAGGACACGCUGUCGCUGCGCAUGAUGUCCAAGAAGGACCGCAAGCUUCUGUCCGAGAACGAGCUGCAGUCCAUCCGCCUCAAGAUCAACAGCCGGGAGCGCAAGCGCAUGCACGACCUGAACGUGGCCAUGGACGGACUCCGCGAGGUCAUGCCGUACGCGCACGGCCCCUCCGUGCGUAAACUGUCCAAGAUCGCCACCCUGCUUCUGGCCAGAAACUACAUCCUGAUGCUGAGCAACUCUCUGGAGGAGAUGAAGCGGCUGGUCAGUGAGAUUUACGGGAGCGGACAUCACAGUGGCUUCCACCCGUCAGCCUGCGGGACCAUGACUCACGCAGGGCCGGUGGGGCCGGGACACCCCGCGGCUCCUCACGCCUCUCACCCGGCGGUGCACCACCCGCUCCUGCCGCCUCCUCCUGUCUCCUCCGCGUCUCUGUCCGCUCCCGGCAUCUCCGCCGUGACCUCGGUCAGACCUCACCACGGACUCCUGAAAGCGCCCUCGGCUGCCGCGGGGCCCUUGGGCAGCAGCUUCCAGCACUGGGGAGUCGGCACCGGGAUGCCUUGCCCGUGCAGCAUGUGCCAGGUCCCUCCGCCGCAUGUGACCAGCAUGAGCUCAGUGUCCAUGUCCAGGCUGACCGGAGACUCCAAGUGACUCCCGAACUUUUCCACGAACUUUUUAUUUAUCCGAGUCUGUUGACGGCGGUGUUUUUCUGUAGCGGAAACACGAACCCUUCUGUAAAUAUGUAGAUGAUCGAUGAAAUAGAUUUAUAUAUUAGAGGGAAGACUCAUCUUGCACCUGCUUCAUCCUCAAACCCCCAGAAAGUCCCAAGUCCCCCGACAACCUCCCUGCUGUUGACUUCAUCCUGUCUUUCAUUUUCUUAUUUGAAAAAAAAAAAGAUAUUUAUUGAUUAUUUGGAUAUUUGAAAUGACCCCGAACAAUAAAGACGGUUGGUUGAGAAUUCUGUUUUGUGUGCUUUUGACCAAACGCCUUCUUCUACCAUCUUCUAUAUUAAAUUAUAUACCAGAGUCAUACCGAUGAUAAUGACAUACAAUAUGAAAUUCCCUUUAAAACCUUACUUAACUCGUUAACUUACAUGUUUUCCGGAAUCAGAUGAGUGCCAUAAUAACGAUAUCAAAUGUGGGAAUAAGAAUGAAAAUAAAAGGAUAUCAAUGCAGGAAUCUAUUUGUGUAAA